CGCGGACAUUAUCGCGAGACAAUCGACUGUUUAUUCUUGUAGAAGGUUAAACACACGUGAGCCACGGACCGCAGUUGUACUUACGUAAUAAGUGCGACAGUAAAAGAGUACAGUACCUGAGUUUAGCUCAACUUUGUUAGCAUUUAAAUUCAAACAGCAGCUUCCUGUCCCCCCUCGUACACAAGCGAACAGCGCAGCCACUGACUGCAAGACCGUGUCCGUGCAAAGAGAGGAGCCGUGACAUUGUGAACUUUAAGUCACGGAAAUGGCUCUGGUAUCAGCAGUGCGUAGAAUCGCCCAGGUUCGGUUACGGGACUUGUGUCGUCGGUCGACGGUUGCGGUAGCGGUGUCUCCCGGAGCCUGUGUGACCGGGCUGAGAAGCUUCACGGCCGGGACACAGUCGCUCAGGUCAGAUAAUAAAGUGACUGUUAACUUCAUCAACAGAGAUGGAGAGAAGAUCACAGUUAAAGGUUCACCUGGAGACUCGCUGCUGGAUGUGAUUGUAAAUGAAGACCUUGACUUUGACGGCUUUGGAGCAUGUGAAGGAACGCUGGCCUGCUCCACCUGCCACCUCAUCUUUGAUGAAGAUGUUUUUAAGAAGCUGGAGCCAGUCACAGACGAGGAGCUAGACAUGUUGGACCUGGCCUACGGUCUGACAGAAACCUCUCGUCUGGGUUGUCAGAUAUGUUUGACCAAAUCACUGGAGGGAAUGGUGGCCAGAGUUCCAGAGAGUGUGUCAGACAUCCGGCAGAGUAACGAUGGAACUGCAUAACUCUGGCUUCACGGCUGACCUCCAGCAUUGUCGCUGCUCUGGAGUGUUAAAACCAGAUGUGGUCAGAACUGAUUCCACUCCUGAACACAUGCAAUGGACAAUUCCGUAGCUGUGCCGAGCUGCACUGCUGUCAAAGCUGCUCCAGACGACUGCAGCAGGAUGUGAAUAAGAAAUAAAGUCAGUGCAUCUGAGUUAACAUAACAUGUAGUUGAUCUAAACUCAGGACAAACUGUUGGGCCACUUCAUUAUGUAACUAGUGAAUACAGACAAGGCACAUAACAUGCUUUAUUGAGUUCUAUUUACAGACUUAGACAUUUAUAUAAACUCUUCACUGCUGUUCUUUUCAGAUCUUUUUUUAUCAUGUAACCUUUAAACUUCCUCCUGUGUACGAUUAUACAAAGGUAUAAUCUGCACAUGGGGAAAUUUUUAAACAGAAAUAUUAUAACAAAUAAAAUCUAUAAGAUUUG